AGGCAAGUGAAGCUCGGCAGCAUGACGUCACGAGCCUUGGAGGUAUAUAAGACAGUGCUCGGGUAGCGAAGACACAGGUCAGCCAGCGUGGUUGUGGCAUCAACACCUCUCCUCCUGCUCUCCCAGCCAACCUCUCCCAGCACCAUGAAAACUCUCGCUGUUCUUCUCGUCACUGUGUCCGCCGCUGCCGCCCUCACGGUAAUGGCUCCACAGAACGCCCUCUUCGGCAACUCCGGGCAGGCAGCUGGGGCCCCUGCUGCCGCCGCGCCGACUGCUGUUGCUGGUGCUGGUGCUGGUGCUGCUGGUGGUGCUCCUGGUGGUGCUGCUGGUGGUGCUGCUGGUGGUGCUGCCGGCCCUGCAUUCGUGGAUUACGGUCCCAAGGUGUACGGUCUGGGAGCCAAGAACCAGUUUGCUCUUCCCCCCAACCCUUUCAUCAUCCAGAGAGCUGUCGCCGUGGCCAACAGUGUUCCUAAUGUUCUUGUGCGCCUGGACUUGAACGGGGAGGUCACACUCACCAACCAGUACGGACAGGAGGUCGAAGUGGUCGAUGCUUUUGGCAGGGAGAUCGAGCUCGAAUUUUAAGCAGGACUAAAUUAAACUCCAAAAUAAGUCACUUCUAGGAAAUUCAUUCGGUUAAAAAAGUUGAUCUAUAAAAAAUUCGCGCCAUGUAAAUGUAAGACUAUCUUCGAAAAAAGAAAUUAUAGCCUUCGUCAUUUCGUUUUCUUCGGUAUUUUUCUCUCUUACCUUGUUUCACCUGUUAUUUCUUUAGUAGCCUUCGUCUCUUCAUUGUUUGGUGUAAGUUAAUAUCACGACCAAAAAAUAUAUACCUUAUAAAAAAAUAUUCGAACAACGUGCAAAUAGAAUAUUUUUGUAAAUAGCUCUCAUCUCUGUCUCUCUCCCUCUUCCUCUCUCUCUCUCUGUCUAUCGUUAUCAUUAUUAAUAUUAUUAUUAUUGUUAUCAUCCGCCAAGAUUCACGAUGCCCAACCUGACCUAAACACAACCCAGGGAACACGAGCUGCCCUUCCCUUCCCUACCCUUCCCUUCCCUUCCCUUCCCUUUCCCUUGCCAGCUUGUGAGUGGCGAGGGACGGGGGUCAGGGCGGAGCGGGGCAUGGGGUGGUGGUGGGGGCCUGGCGUGCCUCCCCUGGGCCCUGGCUGUCACUUUCUCCCCUGUGCUGUCCAGGCAAACACUGUGAAUAAACGGCUCCGAAACGA